AUGAAUCAAUCAGAGUCGAGCCAGCGACGCUGUAGAGACGAUGCCGAGACAUCCACCCAAGACGCGCGGACGACAUUCCACGGAGGCGAUCGCUGGUCGGCGGGGGCCACACGGGAUGAUGACGACGGUCGCAGGCGAGGCACUUGGCGGGUAAUUAGUGUGGACUUGGAGACUAGCACACUACACGGAGUAGAGUGGCGGUUUGCGAGUGACCGUUGUACGAUGGAGAGCAUACGGAGCAUCAUCCAGACCAUCGUUGUACGCAGCAUGCCGAUGCAUGUCUUGCACAUGGAUAUAAAUAGAGUGCCUCAAGGUUUGAAGCAUCAAAGAAACAAAGAGGGAAGAAAGAAGAAAGACGAACAGUCGAACAAAGCGGCGGGAUCUUAG